CGGCUCCUCCCACUCCGGGUCACGUCGUGACAGGGGCGGAAGCAGCGGCGGCGGCGGCCGAGCGGGGGCUGCGGCUCGCGGCGCGGGUCCUGCAGUCUUGUGCGCUCGGCGCGCGGCUCCGGAGAGGCGCCUGCAGCUCCCGGCGGCGCGCGAGGUCUCGCCUGCGCUCUGAGCGGUGCCUUCUCGCCGCGACUCCUUGCACGCCUCCAGCGCAAAGAUUUUCUGAUACAAUGGCAACCCCACGGGGGAGGACAAAGAAAAAAGCACCUUUUGAUCAUUCUCCAGAUAGCCUUCCUUUGAGGAGCUCCGGUAGGCAGGUGAAGAAAAAGGCCACAGAGACGACAGACGAGGAUGAAGAUGGUGGGUCAGAGAAGAAGUACAGGAAAUGCGAAAAAGCCGGCUGUACAGCCGCGUGCCCCGUGUGCUUUGCCAGCGCUUCUGAAAGAUGUGCCAAAAAUGGCUACACAUCCCGGUGGUAUCACCUCUCCUGUGGGGAGCAUUUCUGUAAUGAAUGCUUUGACCAUUACUAUAGAAGCCAUAAGGAUGGAUAUGACAAAUAUACUACAUGGAAAAAAAUAUGGACUAGCAAUGGAAAAACUGAACCUAGCCCCAAGGCUUUCAUGGCAGACCAGCAGCUUCCCUACUGGGUUCAAUGUACAAAACCUGAGUGUAGGAAAUGGAGGCAACUUACCAAGGAAAUCCAGCUGACUCCACAGAUAGCAAAGACGUACCGAUGUGGUAUGAAACCAAAUACUGCUGUUAAGCCUGAGACCUCAGAUCAUUGUUCCCUUCCAGAGGAUCUCGAAGCUCUUACUCCUCAGAAAUGUAUUCCUCACAUCAUCGUCCGGGGUCUCGUGCGCAUCCGAUGUGUUCAGGAAGUGGAGAGGAUACUUUAUUUUAUGACGAGGAAAGGUCUCAUCAACACAGGAGUUCUCACCGUCGGCACCGACCAGCAUCUUCUUCCUAAAGAUUACCACAACAAAUCAGUCAUCAUUAUUGGAGCUGGUCCAGCAGGAUUAGCAGCUGCUAGGCAACUGCAUAACUUUGGAAUUAAGGUGACUGUCCUGGAGGCCAAAGACAGAAUUGGAGGCCGAGUGUGGGAUGAUAAGUCUUUCACAGGCGUCACAGUGGGACGAGGAGCCCAGAUUGUCAACGGCUGUAUUAACAACCCAGUAGCACUAAUGUGUGAACAAGUGUCUGCUCGCUCCUGGGACCACAAUGAAUUCUUUGCCCAGUUCGCCGGUGACCACACCCUCCUCACUCCCGGAUACUCCGUCAUCUUGGAAAAACUGGCAGAGGGACUGGACAUUCGGCUCAGAUCUCCAGUAAAGAGUAUUGAUUAUUCUGGAGAUGAAGUGCAAGUUACCACUACAGAUGGGACAGAGUGUACAGCACAAAAGGUGUUAGUCACUGUGCCCCUGGCCUUACUGCAGAAAGGUUCCCUUCAGUUUAAUCCACCGUUGUCAGACAAGAAGAUGAAGGCUAUCAACAGCUUAGGUGCAGGCAUCAUUGAAAAGAUUGCCUUGCAAUUUCCCUAUAGAUUUUGGGACAGUAAAGUUCAAGGGGCUGACUUUUUUGGUCACGUUCCUCCUAGUGCCAGCAAGCGAGGGCUUUUUGCCGUGUUCUAUGACAUGGAUCCCCAGAAGCAGCACAGCGUGUUGAUGUCGGUGAUCGCGGGGGAGGCGGUGGCGGCCGUCAAGAGCCUGGAGGACAAGCAGGUGCUGCAGCAGUGCAUGGCCACUCUGCGCGAGCUCUUCAAGGAGCAGGAAGUCCCAGAUCCCACGAAGUAUUUCGUCACCCGGUGGAGCACAGACCCCUGGAUCCAGAUGGCAUAUAGCUUCGUGAAGACAGGGGGCAGUGGUGAGGCCUACGACAUCCUUGCUGAGGAAAUACAAGGAACCAUCUUUUUUGCUGGCGAGGCAACAAACAGGCAUUUUCCACAAACUGUUACAGGGGCAUAUUUGAGUGGUGUUCGAGAAGCAAGUAAGAUUGCGGCAUUUUAA